AGUUAUCUCAUCCUCUUUCUUGGGAUGCUGAUGCUAAAGGGGGAGAAGUCAUUGCAUGGCUGAGAAAAGAAGCUGGCCCGGCAAUGGAUUGAGGAAGACAAAGAAGUUUGUCACUCUUCCACAUGCACAGUCUCUGUUACUGGCUGCCGAUGUCUCCGGCGAAGCACUUGAAACGCCCAGGCCACUGUAAAAGAGAAGAUAGGGUGAAAUGGCUGCUGGAACUCGAAGCUUCCAUUUUGUAAAAUCAUUUCAUCCUCUUGAACUGAUUAAUGAAAACCCAAAUAUCAGUAGCCGGUCGAAACAUAGCAUCGUCGUCGAGGGAGAAAAUGAAGGAUGAUUAUAAAACACAAUUAGUAAGGUUAUUUUUGGGAGAAUGGGGUGAAAUAAAUGAUUAAAGUAUCGCCCAGGUCCCAUCCACGUGCGAGAUCUGUUCAUCUGCCACCUUACCGACCCUCUUCGAAACCACUUCUCACCAAGGCACGAAGCACAACCAAAAAGCAGUCCUCAACUCAACCCAACCUAGAGGAGGAGGAGCCGAGGAGGUAAUGCAUUCGAUCUUCUCUACAUCCCACUAAUUUAACACAAUUAAGUAAAAUCAAAUCCCUAGGAGGUUAAUUGCGGAUGACAGAAGAAUAAUAAGUACAGAGCCUCUUUGUGCUCAAGGAUCAUGCAUCAGUUAAUGUGUUUCCUAACGUUUUCCUCCCUGCGGACUUCUGAAUAAUUUUAAAAUUCAUUUACCUCUGCAUAUAAGCAGAUGUUCGGUUCCUUAAUCUGUGUGCUGUAAUUUUUAUUUUCUGAAAGUAAUCGCUUUUUCGGGAACAGUUUUAGCCAAAUAGGACUUUGAUGUUAUGCAGACUGUUUUGGCUUGGUCAUUUGAGGAACGUAUGGUGGAAGCUGUUUUUAUUCCUGCCGGUUGUCUCUCCAAGUGAGAGAUCUUGUGGUCAGUUGCAAUCCCAUUCGUAAACCCCUCGCCCGGUCUUUGUUGCAUGCUGAUGGAUAAUAACUACAACUCCCUGAAAUUGUUCACGGAUGAGACGUCAUGGUACAACCACCUUGUGCUAGCGGCUGUAUUGCCAGAAGAAGUGUGGGGCCCUCUUCCUCACUUCUUCCAAACUUGGCUACGAAACUACAUUGGUGGAACAUUACUUUAUUUUGCGUCUGGUUUCCUUUGGUGCUUCUACAUCUAUUACUUGAAAUGCGGCCGUUAUGUCCCUAAAGCUGCAAUCCCAUCAAAUAAAGCUAUGCUCUUACAAAUCGGAGUUGCAAUGAAGGCUAUGCCUUGGUAUUCUGCUCUCCCGUCUGUGUCUGAAUACAUGAUUGAAAGUGGAUGGACUAGAUGUGUUCCAAACAUAAGUGAUGUGGGAUGGCCUCUAUACUUUGUCUAUCUGACUGCUUAUCUUGUGAUUGUGGAGUUUGGUAUCUAUUGGAUGCACAGAGAGUUGCAUGACAUAAAACCACUUUAUAAGUACCUUCAUGCUACCCACCAUAUUUACAACAAGCAAAAUACACUUUCUCCCUUCGCUGGUUUGGCAUUCCACCCAUUGGAUGGGAUACUUCAAGCAGUGCCACACGUAGUGGCUCUGUUCCUGGUCCCAAUGCACUUCAGGACGCACAUUGCGCUAUUGUUCCUGGAAGCUGUAUGGACAGCCAAUAUUCAUGACUGCAUAGAUGGCAAAGUAUGGCCUGUAAUGGGUGCUGCCUAUCACACAAUUCAUCAUACCACAUAUCGGCAUAAUUAUGGGCACUACACGAUAUGGAUGGAUUGGAUGUUUGGAACCCUUCACAAGCCAAAAAAUGAUGAGCUCAAGAAGAUGUGAUAUAUUAGCAGUUGCUUAGCAUCUCAUCUGUUCUGGAUAAAGGUGUAGCCUGCAGUAUGUAGCUCUUAUACAAUGGGUGGUGAGGUCCGGAGAGGUAAUAAUUUAGGCCUCAUUUCCUUGGUUUUUGGGUUGGACCUCCUGCUAGAUAUGAAGGGAGUCUAUUGGUAAGAUUGAUGUAUAUUUCUUGUUGAAGUAGUUUUUUAAAACAAGGCCUUGCAAACUGAAAAAAUCAGUCUUUAUCACAAGGAGGGUGAGUUUGUUUUAUUUAAAAUGCUCGGUUAUUUGCCACAUUGAAAUAAAGUACCUGGAUCACGUUGAAAUUGACAAAACUGUAGUGGUCAAUUUCUUGUUGAAAAUAAGGCAUUUCCGGUUAAAAGGCACAUUACA